AGGCGUCUGGAGACAACCGGGCCUCGACAUUUCCGACCUUGAGUCAAGUGUGAAAACUCCUUGUGUUCGGGUCCGAAUGACGCCGUCAGGACCAUCGCCCCCAUUUUGCCCGCGCUUUCUGGCGUUUCUCGCAGCGGUCAAGCAACCGCAGUUCGCGGGGAUGCAGUUCACAGUUGCGAUGUUCAAAAGGAUGGAAGCUUCCUUUCUUGUGAUGUCACUUGUCAACGAGACCCUCCCCAGACAGAAUCAGAUUAGGUAUGGCUAGAGCCUAGAGCGCCUACAGUAGCUGAUUCCUUUCACCAUUUUGGCCCUGACCUUGAGCUGUUUGAGCGAGCUACCUUACUUUAGUAGGUUGUACAGAUUGAAAAGGGGGCAACAGGAAGUUUGGAGGAGCAAUCAACGAGUGCCAGUGGCUCAUUCCCCCAGCUGUCCAGACGGUGAGAGGCGCAAUGGCGCAGCCUUCAAAAACACUCCAGCCCAAUCCUGAAAAGGAGCUGAAGGAGGAAAAGACUAUCUUCGAUUUCUUUGGGAGGAAGGAGCCUGCACAUGUAGGGGCCGGUGUAGGCAUGGGCCUGCGGUCAAUUGCGAAGGGAGUGUUUGCCGGGGCUGCGGGGCUUGUAAUGCAGCCAAUGGUGGGACUGGAAAAGGGGGGGGUCCUGGGCUUCUCGAAGGGGGUUGCACGAGGCCUUGCUGGCGUCGUGAUCCUACCGGUUGCGGGGGUGGGUUAUGGGGUGAUGCAGAUUGGGCAGGGGAUCAUGAACACCCCAGAGUCUGUGCGUAAGUUGCUCGAGCGGGACGAGGAGGUCGAGAAGGCGGCGGCGGGCGUCGAUCUGACGGAGUCGGAGACGAAGGAGGCCAUCGUGCUGGACGAGAACCUGUACACGGAUGCGCGCAAGAAGGUGAUGGAGAGCGCGCUCCUUCAUGCGCAGGACAAGACUGGAAGCGGCAGAAGGGGCAGCGGCAGCCUUAAAUCAGUGUCGUCCGGAAAGUCGGACUCGUCGGACAAGGACGACAAGAAGCCGGACAGGGAAGAGAGCCCGGCAUUGGGGCGCGUCAAGGAGACGGAACUGUACGACAUUCUGGGGGUGGACUCGACGGCCAACCCGAUCGAGAUCAAGAAGGCAUAUUACAAGCUGGCGCGCGAGAGCCACCCCGACAAGCACCCCGGCGAUGCGGUCGCCAAGGACCGGUUCCAGGCGGUGGGAGAAGCGUACCAGGUGCUGAUCGACCCCGAGCGGCGUGAGAAGUACGACCGGCACGGGAAGGCGUCCCUCGACGAGGCGUUCAUGGACCCGGGGUCGUUCUUCACCAUGGCCUUCGGCGCCGACCAGUUCAAGCACCUCGUCGGCGAGCUGACGGUCGCUUUUACAGCAGCCCGCGAGGUGUCUGUGCCGGAGCUGCAAGAAUUCCAGCGGAGACGGGAGGAGGACCUUGCGACCGCGCUCAAGCAAAGGCUGGAGACGUGGGUGGAGGGCCGCAAGGAGGCGUUUCUGGAGGAGUCCCUCGCGGAGGUGGAGCAACUCAGGGACCACGCGUUCGGGCAAGCCAUGCUGCACAGCAUAGGGUACACGUACGAGAAGAAGGCGGACGUCCUCCUGGGGCUGCACCACACGGCGCUCGGGAUCCCGGGGCACAUUGCGGUCCUACGUCAGCACGGUCACGUGUUUGCGACCAAGUACAAGGCAGCGAGCGCGGCUCUCAAGAUGCAAGACCUGAAGAAGAAGAUUGACAAGGAGUCCCCCGAGGAGCAAGCCCGGUUGUCGGCAGAGUCCCUUCCCGUGUUCUUGGACAGCAUCUGGCUGGUGAGCGUGCUCGACAUCGAGAGCACGCUGCGGCACGUGGUGACGAAAGUGGUGGUCGACGAGAGCGUUCCGAAGGAGGUCCGCCGGGAACGGGCCAAGGGUCUCAUUAAGCUGGGCAGGGUUUUCCAAGAAGCAUGAGGGUUGACCUGAAUCUGCACCAAGUUUAUUCACUUUAUCCGUGGGCCGUGUAAUUGUUGAAAUUUGAUAAUCUUAAAAGCAUGGCCUGGGAUGGAAUAUGGCAACCGCCUGGGAGCUACCCGAGCGGAAUGUAGAGUGCUUUGGCGGGUCUCAUGUACUGAGGGUGCUUUUUGGGAACGGUUCUGCAUAAACGUGUGCAACAGUCAAAAGCAGGUGGUAGAUGGGGGCUCAUUGGUCCUUGCAAAGAUCGGGUAGGGGGCGAACGACGGCCGAAUCACGUACAAUAGUCCCGUUAGCUUUUGCUUUUUUCUACUUCACUACGCCGAAAGGAGCCGCUGCGCUUGUCGUCUCUAUUUUGCAUCACCAAUCGUGAGGAUUUUCGAGUUUGAUGGUUCAAGUACAGUGAUGAUUAUUUCGAAGGGGCGGGCGUGCAGAAGUCACAACAUUAAUCUGCUCGUAUGCCAUGGAAUGAUCUGGUCCAUGUGGCUACGGCGUUUUGAGAAGAGAACGUCAC